AUGGCUGCGAAUAUGGGCAGGACUAAGCAGUACUGGUCAGUCGCCGAAACCAUAUGUCUACUGGAAAUCUGGUCCUCUUCAGAGACAAAGAAUCAACACAAAGGAGCUACACGAACUAAGGAACAGUAUGAGCAGAUCCAGAGAGAGCUGGCUGCACAGGGGCACGAUCGCGCGGUCGAGCAGAUAGUAAAUAAAAUCAAGAAGUUGAAGAUGGAGUUUAAGGAGCAGAAAUACCACUCCAAACAAAACAGGGACUACUGGGUGCAGAAGAACCCGUACUUUGAGGUUCUGGAGUGUGUCUUUGGUGGCGGGGAAGAGCAGGCAUCGCAGCUGGAGGACUACAACUGCCUGCCCCAGUCUUCUGCAGAUAAUGAGAAAUGGUCGGUGCAGGAGACCGACUGCCUACUGAAGAUUUGCACUGAUGCCGAGUUCCACCAAAGACUGCUCUUUCUGCGUUCCUCCAAAGAAAUCAUCGAAGACAUCCAAAAGGAGAUGAAUGCACAGGGACAUGAGCUGACAUCUGAACGGAUAUUAGAUCAAUUACAAACAUUACAGAGAGAGCACAGGGCUCAAAAUGAAGAAGAUCAAGACCCAGGGAACAGUCUGUGCAGCAAAAUAGACUUGAAUGUAGUGGACUUCAUCCUCGGAGACAAAGAAGAAUGUACGCUCCAGACCACAGAGACGAUUAAGACAGAGCCCCCAGAAGAUUUUGAAGAAAUUGCAGCACCAGAACUGGAUGCAGUGAAGAUGGAGCCUUUAGAGAAUAAUUCUUCAGUUAUGUGCAGUUCUGAAGCCCCAGAAUGCAGCUCGUACAGACCAGCCCAAAAAAUGAACGGUGACAAGUGGAUUGACGCAGAGGUUCAGGCUCUUCUCAGCGGAGAAGGGAAAUGGUACGACAUCCUGGACAGUAUCCUGGGUCACCAUCCUCUGUACUCUGGGACCACUACCACUGCUGCUGCUGCUCACCUGUCCGAGAACUCUGCAGAGGAGUUCAUGGAGUCCAUUGAAAACCACCCGCUGUCCAGAGACUGCUUUGAAAACCAAGUGGAGUCAGGACCAGGAGACCAUGAAGUUAUCCAAGUUUUAGAGAUUGUGCCCAACCCUGACAGCAAAACUGUUGUACAGCAGCCUGUCGAUGAUGACGUUGUGGACUGCACCUCGUACUCCUCUUCACCUCAGCAAAGACCACAAUUCAAAAUAAACAAUGAGAAGUGGAUGGAUGCAGAAGUCCAAGCUCUCCUGAGCAUUUACGCCGACACAAAGAAUCAGACUGAUUUUGAAGGGAAAUGGUACGACAUCCUGGACAGUAUCCUGGGUCACCAUCCUAUGUACUCUGGGACCACUGCUGCUGCUCACCUGUCCGAGAACUCUGUAGAGGAGUUCAUGGAGUCCACUGAAAACAACACACCGUCCAGAGAAGGCCUCACGCCCAACUGCACUGAAAAUAAUGUGGAGUCCAUAGGGAGCUCUGAGGGUCCUGACGCGCAGCUGUUGGUUUUGUCAGACAGCGCACCGGAGCUUGAGAAAAGCCCGGGUCCAUUUUCAAGCACAGAGCAGAGUCGACCGGUCAGCAGCAGCAGCUUCCACCCCGCUGUGAGAACUUUGGCUUUCCACUCCCGACCAGUGAAGCGUAAGCGGCGGGAGAGCUCCGAGCUGGUGGAGUGUUUGGAGCGGAUGCAGGAGCGGUUCCUCCAGCACAGCAGGGAGAUGCACGAGGCUUUACUCAACAACAUCGACACCCACAUGACGGCUGUGGUCGGACUCAUGGAGAGGAUGGCCUCAGCCAUGGAGGCUCGCGCUGCUAAUCCACACUGA